CUCAUGAAGUUCAAAAUUCAUAUUAAUUGCAUAUUUGUAAUUGUAUUCUUGGAAUCCUUGAUCAUUGACAAGACGAGAUAUUUCAAACUCAUCUCGACUUCCGGUUAUUACCAUGUUUCAUCAGAUAAACAAAAACUUGUUGAAAGCGCGGUAGCAAACUACUACUAAAAAUUUUUAUCAGUGAAUUAAUUUGAAAAUAAUCACUUUACCGUACAACUCGAUUACUUGUUCGUAAGCUAGUGCACGAAAACGGUAACUUAUAUGAGAGCACCGUUAGUAUCCUUCAAUUUUUAUUCGCGGUGAAAUGAAGGCGCCUUUAUAUAUUUUUUUAACUGCUCUCGUGUUCGCUCAAGAGGUUCAAAUGGUGAAAAAUGCUCCCCCUAAUAUUAUUAUGAUAUUGGCCGACGAUAUGGGUUCCAACGACGCCAGCUACAGGGGUUCCGACCAGUUCACGACGCCAAAUAUAGACGCUUUGGGCUACAACGGUCUUAUUUUUGACAGACACUAUACCGAACCUAUUUGUACACCAUCUAGAGCAGCACUACUCACGGGUCAAAACCCUAGCAAAUUAGGUCUACAAGGAACUCCGAUAGCACCAGGAGAAGAUCGUCAUCUUCCAGUUGAGGUUGAAACCUUACCCUCUCUGCUCAAGAACCUAGGUUAUGACACCCAUUUGGUGGGAAAAUGGCACCUAGGAUCCGCGCGGAGAAAAGAAACGCCUACUAGAAGAGGGUUCGAUUCGCAUUAUGGAUACUGGAAUGGAUAUGUUGGCUAUUUUAGCUAUGAAGUCAGCAGUAUCAGCCAAAUCGGAAACGUCACCAAGGCUUUGCGAGGUUUUGAUCUGUGGCAUAACUUCACUGAUGCCUGGUCAGAUAAAGGCACCUAUGCUACUGAUCUCUUCACCAAAAAGGCACUUGAAGUAAUCCAGGAACAAAAUGUAAAAGUCCCCUUGUUCCUGAUGGUCAACCAUUUGGCGGUGCAUACUGGAGACGACGAUAUAGUGGAAGUUAAGGAUGAGAAAUUGAUGAAUGAAACAUUUGGAUACAUUGAAAACCUAGAAAGAAGAAGAUAUGCAGAUGCUCUCACCCAGUUAGACAAUUCAGUUGGAAAGAUAGUAGAAAAACUCCAGGAGAAGGAAAUGCUAAAUAAUAGUGUCCUUAUUUUCAUGUCAGACAAUGGUGCCCAAAUUAAUGGGUUUUACCACAACGGAGGUUCCAAUUUUCCACUUAGGGGAGAGAAAUUUUCUCUUCAUGAAGGAGGUGUAAGGAAUGCAGCAGUAAUGUAUAGUCCUCUGCUUGAGAAGAAGAAUUAUGUCUAUAAAUAUCCCCUACAUAUCACAGAUUGGCUUCCCACUCUUUACAGCUUAGCAGGAGGGAAUCUCUCAUUGUUGAAGAACUUGGAUGGUGUUAAUCAAUGGGACAAUAUCUGUAGAAACAAACCAAGUCAAAAGAAAGACUUUUUGAUCAACAUAGAUGAGGCAAUACCUUACUCAGCAAUCAUAGGUUACCACGGCCAAUUUAAGUUAAUGAAUGGGACUACUUUAUCAGGAUUUUAUGAUAAAUAUGGAGAAGAACCAAAAGUUCCAAAAAAAUUGGCCUAUAACAUAUCUGCUGUCUUGGGUAGUAGUGUGAAUAAAGCCAUCCAUAGAUCUAACCCUGAUCACAGUGAUCUCACUCCAUGUACUAUUAUAGAACUCAGAAAAUCUGCUUCUACUAUAAGACAAAAUUUGAAAUGCAAAGACAAAGGGAAGAGAAACAAACCAGAUAUCUGUUCAGGAUUUUGCCUUUUUGAUCUUCUUGAAGAUCCAUGUGAGACAGAAAAUUUGAUAAAGGAUGAGUCAAAGAAAGAUAUAAUUAAUAAUUUGAAGUUUAAACUUCAACAAUACUGGGAAGUAAUGGUUCCUCAGACCAAUAAAGCAGUAGACAUUGAAUCCAAUCCUGCCAAAUAUAAUGGAUCAUGGUGUACAUGGAAAGAUGAUCAAUUAUGUGUGAAAACUCCUUUGAAAAUAUGAAUUUUCUUAAAUAAAUUUUUUAAAUAAAAAUGCAUUUCCAGAAAAA